GCGUCCGGCCAAGGCGCGGCGCCCUUGUAGGCGGCCGAGGGCGCCAUGGAGCAGCCGCCAGCGACCGGAGAAGCAGGUGGCGCGGCGGCCGGGCGUGGCGGUCGGGAGCGGCGCGGCGUCGGAGCAAGGUGCGGCAGCCGGGCAAGGCGCGGCACCCUCGGGAGGCGGCCGAGGACGCCAUGGAGCAGGCGCCGGCGGACGGAGAACGAGGCGGCGCGGCGGCGGCGCGCAGCGCGACGGCCCUGGAGGCGGCCGACGGCGGACCUGGAGGCGUGGCCGACGGCGGACGUGGAGGCGCCGCUGCGGGCUGGUCGGCUUGGGCAGAUUGGCAGCAAGGGAUGGAUCCAGAAAACAUAAUGCAGAUGUUGAUUGCAUAUUGUGAUCCCUCCAAACCAAAUGAGCCAAUCACCGAGGAUUCGACGGAUGUUCAACCAGACAACAACACAAAAGAGGCCGGUGAUAGUUAUCUUUGCAACCCAAUCCCGGAGAAUGAGCAUGUUGGUAUUGAUGAGGAGAAGAUGUAUUUGGAGAAUGAGAAAAGUAUUUGAUGAUCACCUAUGGGCAGCUGCUUACUCGUGGAACCCAUAUAUAUUUGACAAGAAUUGGGCUGCCAUGGAGGCAGUAAAGCCAGCCGCAACAACAUAUAUUAGGAAGUGGCACAAUAGGUUGUGGUCUAGGAGUCAGUUCUCGACCAUAUGCAAGGUGGACUAUGUAACCAAUAACUUGGCGGAGUGCUUUAACAAUUGGAUCAAGCACCACAAGUCAUUGAACUUGGACGAUUUCUUCGAUAAGGCGAGGCAGAUGAUUAUGAUCUUGUGGAAUGAUAGGAGAAAAGUAGCAAAGAAAUUGGAUGGAUUGAUUCUGCCCCACAUAAUGAAGAAGUUAAGCGCAAUGACUAGAGCAUUCAACUUGGAGGUGGUAGAAUGCUCAGAAGAAGUGGCUGAAGUGGUUGCAUUAGGAGGCAGCGGUUUUAGGUUCGUCGUUAACUUGCAAGAUCGAACAUGUCCAUGUCGACAAUGGCAAGUUUGUGGUCUUUCUUGCAAACAUGCUCUUGCAUUCAUCACGUCACUUAGCGAUGCUCACAUAAAGAAUUACGUUGACUUGUAUUAUUCCACUGAAAAAUUUAGAGCAGCUUAUUCCAACCUGAUCCCUGCUAUGCCUGACAAGAGUCAAUGGCCUGAAUCUGACCAUGGAUUUUUCAUGCAUCCACCACUACUUAAAGCUACAGCUGGCAGACCUAAAACUGAGAGAUAUAAAGGUUGUAGUGACAAGAAAAGAAAAAAGGGCAAGCACUUAUGUCUGAUUUGUAAGGAUUAUGAGCAUCAUUGGCACAACUGUAAGAAGGGUAACCCUGAUGACAUUGCUGCAAUGUUGGCUAUUAGAGAACCCCCAAAGAAGAGGGCAAAGACUAGCAAAACUGCCCUAUCCAUUGUGCCUUACGAGGAUGGAGCACCAACAAGGAUGAUUUUUCCACCAUAUAUGUGAACUAUUUGUGACUUAUGUGUGAACCUGG